UGCUUCAGUAAGGACCUGGGCUUUUGGACCAGAAGUGUUUCAAGGUAGCAUCACCACCUCCCAAGUUUGCUUGCGUGCCUGCAUGUGUGUGAUGUGCACUACAAAUAGUACGAAUACUACAUGAUAAGAAUGCCGACUACAAAUUCAAUCCCCAUGACGAAUUCUAAUCAGAACAUAAUGUUGCGUCUUUGGGUUUGUCCCAUUUGGGGGUCAUCACAGUGAGUCAAUCGCAUGAUUCAUCUGGCACCAUUUUUAUGCGAGAAGCCACUUUUUAAGAAUGCAUAUUUACUUUUUGGGAUGAAUGUUGGGAAUUGAAAGCCGCGGCAUCUGAAUGAAAGGCAACAGAAUGUUACAAAAUUAGUACUGUAUAUGAGAAUAUCAAUAAAAUGAAGCUUCUGAAGGCAUGGAGAACAAACUGCAAAAUUCAUUUCGAGUUCCCUAAAUAUCAUAUCCAAGAAGAUCAAAGGCGAGAUCAUGUACAGAAAAAAACAAGGAUGGCACAAGCACAUAAGAGUAUCAGAUCACAGCACUUCCAAAGGUCGGCUCGCUCUGACGUCAUCCCAAAAAUACUCGCAGUCGCUAGGGGGCAUAUUUGCAUUGUUUCCCUAUACCCCCCAUUAUUAUCAUAGUCCACAAUUCAUCGUGUACUUUGGCAUUUCAGCUAACCCAACAGCAUUUGCACGUAUUUUCAUCCAUCCAUCCAUUUUCCAACCCUCUUAUCAAAGGGAAGCAAUUUGUGGUGCUUAACUUCACAAUCAAUAGACAGCAAAUUGAAUUGAUUACGUCACUACACGUAUUUACAAGCAAGCAAGCAAACAAACAAACAAACAAACAAACAAAAACCAAGCACAGAACGAAUGAGUAAAUUCACGCUCUACAAAAAAAACUCGUUCGCUGUAUGCUUCAAAGCAUCAAAUGUUGUCUAGGGGUUUCGUUGCCUCCAACGUUCCCCCAACGACGCACAGGAGCCGCAAAGUGCGAAUGGCUCGGCUCUGUGUUUACUUCCGGACCUCGAUGUGAGAGUUGCUCGCAGGCAGAGAAGCAGCAGCGGCAGGCGGCUUCGCUGGACCUACAAGCUGUCAGCUAGCAGUCAUACGAGCUUUCAUGACAGAGGUUACUAGGUUUGGCCCGACGGCAUCCCGACACUCAAGUCUUCAUUCAGCGCACCGGUCCGGAGCCCCUCGGCUUGCGCGCCCCAACCACGCUCUGCGUGCUGCGUUCCCCGGCUCAAAGUCGCUCAAUACUUCCAGGCUGCCCCGCUGAGCAGCUGCUUGUGAUAGUGCCUCUUCAUGCUCGGCGCUAGCAGAGCAGUACAAGGACGGUCACUCGGAGCGUGAGCGCCGUUCUUGGUUUGGACGCCCGGGGGGAGAGUCAACUGACCCCCGGAGAGAGCGACGGGACUCGGCGACGCGAGGCAGUCGGUCGGAUCAAGUCGAGGGGGUCGCCUCCGACUCCUGGCGUUAUCCCCUACUAGCUAGCCUUAGCUAAGCUAGCUCCAAACAGCACCAUGGACUGGUUAAUGGGGAAGUCGAAGACAAAGCCAAAUGGAAAGAAGCCUCAAGUAGAAGAGAAGAAGGAAUACCUCGAGCCGGAGUUCACAAAGAUCCGCGUGGUGGAUUUUGACCUGAAGGAGCUGGUGGUUCUGCCCCGAGAAAUAGACCUCCAUGAAUGGCUCGCCAGCAACACAACUACAUUCUUCAAUCUUAUCAACUUGCAGUACAGCACCAUCUCGGAGUUCUGCACUGGGGACAGCUGUCAAUCCAUGACGGCAUGCAACACAAUUUACUACUGGCAGGACGAGAAGGGGAAGAAGACAAAGUGCACUGCGCCACAAUACGUUGACCUUGUUAUGAGUCUUUGUCAGAAACUGGUCACCGAUGAGGAAGUGUUUCCUACGAAAUAUGGCAAAGAAUUCCCCAACUCCUUUGACACGUUGGUGAAGAAGAUCUGCCGCUACCUGUUCCAUGUGCUGGCUCACCUCUACUGGGCGCACUUUAAAGAAACCGUGGCAAUGGACCUGCAGGGCCACUUGAACACUCUCUAUGCACAUUUCAUUGUUUUCGUAAGGGAGUUCAACCUGGUCGACCCCAAGGAGACCUGCAUCAUGGACGACCUGUCCGAAAUCCUGUGCGUCCCCGCCCCGCCGCCGCCCUCGACCGCGCCUGCCCCCUCCUCGCCGACUUCGUCUCCCUCUCCUUCGUCACAAAACCACGUGACGGAGAGAUGAGGGGAGGCGCCGCCGAGAUGCCGGCCCGGGGGCGACAGAGGAUAAGAAAGGAGAGAAGGAAAGACGGCCUGGCCGCCUUCCGCCGUGUGCCAGCCGGGACUUGACAGACCUUCCACAGUACACUUGCGUAUUCCGCUGCAACACCAACCAACCAGUCGGGUGAACAAGAGAGGGGAAGGGGGGGAUUGGCAGGAAUUAGGGAGGGUGGGUGGUAGCGAGGGGUUUGUAACGCCAGCAGGAAUUGGCGUCAACGUUUCUCCCAGGGAUUAAAAGAAAAAAAAUAAACAUCCCUCCCACCCUCUCUGCCGUUUAAACUAGGGCAAAAAGUAAGGCUGCGUUGCAUUUGUUUAGUUUCAUUUCACUUUUACUUUUGUUGGAGAGUUAUUUGGUUCAAUUUGUGUUGUUAUUUAGUUGGGUUGAAGGUGUGUAGAGUGUGUGUGUGUGUGUGUAGGGGGGGGUGGUGCAGUGUGGUGAUUGGCCCUCCUGUCUCUGCUCCAACUCGCACACUUCCUGUCUACGAGGGGGCUGUACUUUGCUUGGAGCCACUCUUGCCCCGGGUUUGUGUCGGACGGACAAGCGGCGUCUCUGCUGGCCUCCUCCCAACAGCUCGAAGCACCGCGCUGGCCAUGAGCGCCUUGAUGGUUAAUAUUAGCCAGUCCUGGUUUGGGUUGUUUAUGUGGGCCUUGAUUUAAGGCACCUCCUACUCAGCAUCUGAGAGUUUUGUCACUGCUGCCGGAGAGGCUUUUCUCUCUCUUCAUUCUCUGUCCCUGUAGUCGGCCAAAUCCACCACGUGACCUACACGUACUCAUAGCGUGGCCCCAAAACAAACGUUGUGGAACUUACUCCCCUCUAGACGGCAGCAAAUAUGAAAAUGCACAGAAACGUGGACAGAAGAAAGAUGUAAGGUUGUAUAUUAGAUAUUUAAUCGGACAGAGAAAUUGUGAUACUUUAACAGAGUGGUGGCAGGAGUGCUGGUUUCAGUGUGGCGCACCCCCCCCCCCCCCCCCCUCCAAAACCUCUACCCAAACACACACCUGCCGCAGCAGCUCAGAUGGACAAAGACAUGAUGUCAUGUCUGCAGUCCCCCACACAGCAACAUGCAGAGAAGGGGGGGGGGGGGGUGCAGCGUGCUGGCAGAGAGCUGCAAAUCUCCUUUAUUUUCUUCUUCGUUCAUUGUUUAGUUUUCCAUGUCCCUUUUUAAAAUUUGCUUUUAAAAAGACAAUAAAAGGAAAAUUAGUUUGGAAAUAACAAUAUAUACCAUUACACAUAGAAGAAAACAACUUCUGCUUGGACCUCUGUCAGACAGCUUCUAUGUGGAGGAGGAUUGGGUUUAUAUUUGUCCCUUCUUUAAUUUAUUUUCGUUUUCUUUUUUGCAGGGUUCUUCAGUUCUGGCUCUUGUUUUUAUGUAUUUUAAUUAUUAACUAAGUUAAAAGCAAUUUAAUAUUUCAAGCUCUGCUGAUUAUAAUCUAAUAAAAGAAAAAGGUCAUUCUGA